GUACGUAUUUUGUAGAGCGCAAGUCUCGAGCACGGAAAGACCCCAUAAUUAGCGAAUAGGUAUCUAGCCCGCUAACUUACAUAUUAUUAAAUAUUGCAUACUUUUAUCAGUAUCUUAACCUAGCUCUAUAGUUACCUUAGUAUUAGCUGAAUCGCAUUCCCAACGUUAGUCGAUUUUCAGCAAAGAUGUCCCGAGUGCGUUUGUAAAUUUAAACAAUCCCUGCGAGGAAAUCUGAUCGGUGCGUGUUUAGUAUUUGUUGGUUGCUAACGUUAGCGUGUAGCUGCUAUAUUUAAGGCAUGAGUAAAAAAGACGGUGAAGGAUGUCCCCGGAAUCGCAAACAGGAUAACGCUCAGGCCCUCAGGAUGGGAGACCCCGCCAGUGAUGUCAGCUCUUCGCCAGUGUUAUCUGCAUUCAAAACAUUUCAACUGGAGCUUGACUGCAAGCAUGACAAGUACGAACGGCUGGUUAAACUGAGUCGUGACAUCACCAUUGAAAGCAAGAGGACCAUCUUCCUCCUUCACCGAGUCACAAGUGUCCCCAAUGUGGAGGAGGUGCUGUCGGAGGCCGAGUCCAAGCUGGACGGGGUGAGGCUGAAGAUCAGCCAGAUAGCCGAGGAGCUGAGGGGAGAGGACCUGUUCCAGUUCCACAGGGCUUUCACUCCUGGGAUCCAGGAGUACGUGGAGGCAGUUUCCUUCCAGCAUUUCAUCAGGAAUCGCAGCCUGAUCACGCUGGAGGAGGUCAACAGCAAGCUGGUGUUUCUCAAAGAGGACAGGACCGAAGCCAGGGACUCCUCCGCCGUCCAGCAGGGGGCGCCGGGAGCGCUGGUCUUCCAGGUGACGCCCACGGACUACCUGCUGGGCGUGGCCGACCUGACGGGGGAGCUGAUGCGCAUGUGCAUCAACAGCGUGGGCAACGGCGACAUGGACACGCCCUUCCAGCUGGGGCAGUUCCUGCGGGAGAUCCACGACGGCUUCUCCUACAUCGGCAACACGGGCCCCUACGAGGUCUCCAAGAAGCUGUACACGCUCAAGCAGAGCCUGGCCAAGGUGGAGGACGCCUGCUACACGCUGCGCGUGCGCGGCUCCGAGAUCCCCCGCCACAUGCUGGCCGACGUCUUCACCAGCAGGGCGGCGCUCAUCGACACCGAAGACGGCGUGGCCUAACGCGGCCCGUGACCCGCGCCCGCUCCCCCCCCACCACCUCGUGGCUGAGUUUUCGCGGUUCGCCUCACGUUUGGAGGGGCGUCAGUUUUCCUUCAUCACCGUUAACCAUGGGUUGUGAUUUUUUUUUUCCGCGUCUGAUUUAUCAGGAAAUACAGAUUUUUUUUAAAGACCCUAAAUGUGUCUGGGCCCACUUGUAUUUGCCGUUUUCACUGAAUAUUCUCACUUGUUAUCAGCGGUUUGUGUGUGUGCGCACGUGUGUGUGUGCGCGUGCGCGUGUGUGUAAUCCAAGUCCUGUUCUUGUGGUUUCGAUCUUCAAGUUUUGAAAGUCGGUAUUUCCUGAUCGAUCGAGUGAAAUCACAUCCCUGCUUAAUGCGUGCUGAGCGGAAGGCUUCUCGUUGUGUUAGUGUGUUCCGUCCUUCGGACAUGCUCAGUUCCUGAUAAAAACACAACUUCUGAAUGGUUACUAUUAUUAUUAUUUCCUUUCCGUACCUGUCUCCGAUGAUGCUGAGGGUUAUGAAUUCCGGACGGUUCUUUCACCACAGAUGGCUUUGUUAAACCCCAAAAUGGGUGGAGCUAGUAAAUUCAGCCGAUUACUCAAAGCCAGUACAAACCAAUCGAAAAGCUGCGCUCCUUGGCAAAAUGUUUGGAUCGAUUCCCAUCUGUAACGAGUCGCUGGAUAACACUCGACACUGUGGCUCUUCCUGUUUUUACGCUUUGAGAAACCUUUCUGUCUUAUCGCUCCUUUUUUAUGUAGGCCCAUAUCAUUUGACCCUGUGGGAGAAUUUAAAUAAAAUAUCUGUUUGUUAAAA